CAGAACCAGCGGUAGCCGCGGCAGCAACAGCUCUCCUGCGGAGAUCGCGUCACACUCAGCCGGCUUCUCCAACUUUUUGUUCCAAAACAAAAGAUGCAACGCUGCGCCAAGUCGUGGGGCAUCUUGUCUGCCACAGCGGGUGGGGUGGUCCGGGCGGCCAACCGGACUUGCGCGACCGGCUUCGGGCGCGCGGACGCUGGCAGCCGCGCGUUGUGGAGAGCCACCGGCCACCGGAGCCCGGGGCCGGGGGCGUCCCUGGCAACACGAGGAGUCCGUACCUCGGUGGCCGGGUGCUCCCGGCGCAUCGAGCGGAUCCUGCCCCGGCACGAUGACUUUGCCGAGCGUCACAUUGGACCAGGUGAGCGGGAGAAGCGGGACAUGCUGGACGCGCUCGGACUGGAGUCCAUCGAGCAGCUGAUUGAGAACACGGUGCCGUCAUCCAUCCGGAUGAGACAGAGCAUGAAGAUGGACGAUCCAGUGUGUGAAAAUGAAGUGUUGGAGACGCUACACAAGAUUGCAAGCAGGAACAAGGUGUGGCGUUCCUACAUUGGCAUGGGCUACUACAAUUGUUCCGUACCACCGCCCAUCCAGCGGAACCUCCUGGAGAACGCUGGCUGGGUGACCCAGUACACACCCUACCAGCCCGAGGUGUCCCAAGGCCGCCUGGAAUCUCUCCUCAACUACCAGACCAUGAUCUGCGACAUCACAGGCCUGCCCAUGGCUAACGCGUCAUUACUGGACGAGGGCACGGCCGCUGCCGAGGCCAUGCAGCUCUGCCACAGACAGAACAAAAGAAGAAUCUUCUACAUCGACCCUCGCUGUCACCCUCAGACCAUUGCGGUGGUGCAGACUAGAGCCAACUACAUAGGUGUGAAGACCGUGCUGAAGCUGCCUCACGAGAUGGAUUUCAGCCAGAAAGACAUCAGCGGUGUUUUGUUCCAGUACCCUGACACCGACGGAAGGGUGGAGGACUUCACGGCUCUCGUGGACCGGGCACACAAGGGAGGGGCCCUGGCUUGCUGUGCGACAGAUCUGCUGGCGCUGUGCGUUCUGCGUCCCCCCGGCGAGUUCGGUGUAGACAUUGCACUGGGAAGCUCACAGAGGUUCGGGGUUCCUCUGUGUUACGGGGGUCCUCACGCCGCCUUCUUCUCUGUCAAAGAGAACCUGGUCCGAAUGAUGCCCGGCAGGAUGGUUGGCGUUACCAGGGAUGCUGCGGGAAAGGAAGUUUAUCGGCUUGCGCUGCAGACCAGGGAGCAGCACAUCCGCAGAGACAAAGCCACCAGUAACAUCUGCACAGCUCAGGCUCUGUUAGCCAACAUGGCUGCCAUGUUUGCACUCUACCAUGGCCCACAAGGACUCAAACACAUCGCUGAGAGAACGCACAAUGCCACUCUUAUCCUCGCGGAAGGUCUGAAGCGAGCAGGACACCGACUGCACAGUGAGAUGUUCUUCGACACCCUGAAGAUUACCUGCGGUGUGGCAGCCAAGGACAUCUUGGAGAGAGCUGCGCAGAGGAACAUGAAUCUCAGGGUCUAUUCUGAUGGCGUGUUGGGCGUAUCGCUGGAUGAGACAGUGACUGAAAGGGACCUGGAUGAUUUGCUCUGGGUUUUUGGCUGCGAAUCCUCCGCUGAGCUUAUCGCUGAGAAGAUGGGCGAGCGAAUGAAGGGCAUCAUGGGAAGUCCUUUCAAGAGGACCAGCAAGUACCUAGCACACCAGGUCUUCAACAGUUACCACUCCGAGACAAACAUUGUGCGCUACAUGAAGCGCUUGGAGAACAAAGACAUUUCACUGGUACACAGCAUGAUUCCACUGGGAUCUUGCACCAUGAAGCUGAACAGCUCCUCGGAGCUCAUGCCAAUCACGUGGAGGGAGUUUGCCAACAUUCACCCGUUCGUGCCUCUGGAGCAGGCCGAGGGCUACCAGAAGCUCUUCAGGCAGCUGGAGAAGGACCUCUGUGAGGUGACAGGCUAUGACAAAAUCUCCUUCCAGCCAAACAGUGGUGCUCAGGGAGAAUAUGCCGGGCUGGCGGCUAUUAAAGCCUACCUCAAUUCCAAGGGGGAGAACUCAAGAAGUGUGUGUUUGAUCCCCAAGUCAGCACACGGCACAAACCCAGCUAGCGCUCAGAUGGCGGGAAUGAAGGUGCAGGUGGUGGAGGUGGACAAAGACGGCAACAUUGACCUGGCCCACCUCAAUGCUUUGGUGGACAAGCACAAGGCCAACCUGGCAGCAAUGAUGAUCACGUACCCGUCCACGUUUGGCGUGUUUGAGGAGCAAAUCCAAGAUGUGUGUGAGCUCAUCCACCGAGCUGGCGCCCAGGUAUACCUGGAUGGCGCCAACAUGAACGCUCAGGUGGGCCUGUGUCGUCCCGGAGAUUACGGCUCCGACGUGUCGCACCUCAACCUGCACAAGACCUUCUGCAUCCCGCACGGAGGCGGAGGACCCGGCAUGGGGCCCAUCGGAGUGAAAGCUCACCUGGCGCCAUUCCUGCCAAGCCAUCCGGUGGUCUCCAUGCACUCGGUCAACAGCAGCAGCUCCCUGGGCACCAUCAGCGCCGCACCGUGGGGGUCCAGCGCCAUCCUGCCCAUCUCCUGGGCUUACAUCAAGAUGAUGGGCGCCAAAGGUCUGGCUCAUGCCACAGAAAUGGCCAUCCUCAACGCCAAUUACAUGGCCAAAAGGCUGGAGGGCCACUACAAGAUUCUCUACAGAGGAGCCAAAGGCUUUGUGGCCCAUGAGUUUAUUUUGGACGUGAGGCCCUUCAAGAAAUCGGCCAACGUGGAGGCCGUGGACGUGGCCAAGAGGCUCCAAGAUUACGGGUUUCACGCGCCCACCAUGUCGUGGCCCGUGGCGGGUACGCUGAUGAUCGAGCCAACCGAGUCAGAGGACAAGGCUGAAAUGGACCGCUUUUGUGACGCCCUGCUGGGCAUCCGGCAAGAGAUCGCUGACAUUGAGGAGGGCAGGAUGGACUCUCGCAUCAACCCGCUCAAGAUGGCGCCUCAUUCACUGGCCUGCAUCUCAUCCUCCAACUGGGACAGACCUUACUCCAGAGAGUUUGCCGCCUUCCCCUUGCCUUUCAUUCGGCCCGAGACCAAAUUUUGGCCGGCCAUUUCGCGGAUCGACGACAUCUACGGCGACCAGCACUUGGUGUGCACCUGCCCCCCCAUGGAGGUUUACGAGUCUCCAUACGAAGAGAACAGGGCCUCCUCAUAGGGCUUUUCUUUCAGUUUAGUUCAGUCCCGACGUCUAUGCUUGAACGUUUGAUCCACCCUGCCGUUCAAUCCUCAAAAAGUCCACAUUCUAUCAUAAUAAUUCGCAUUUAUUGCGUCAUUCUUUUUCCAGAAAUUUAGUCAGACGUUGGGACUGAGCUUACAUGCCCAACUCUUUCAAUGGACCAAAGGUGCAAAUUUUGCUUUUUUACAAAAAAUUAUAAUUGCACCAUAACAGAACCUUCCAAUAUUUUUCAAACAAGAAACAAAUAUUCCUCGUGCCUGUCUUGUUGCUGCCUUGACACCCCCCACCCCUCAAAUAUAACAUAUUCUUGUAGCCUUGUUAAUGGUAUUGUGUUUUCACAUCACAAUGUUGAUUUAAAAAGUUUUUCUGUUGUGGAUGGUUUUUUUCCCCCUUCCAUAUGUAUUACUCCGAAUGACAAAGUAGUUUCCCUGCCUUUGAGAUAUCCCAAUUUAACUGGACUCAGCCAUGUGCUGGAUGGUUUACUUUCUAACCAAUCCAUGUUUGUUUUGCUAAGAAAACCAAAUAAUUAAACAAAACCCGUGUUUAAGAUA